ACUGCCGCUUCCUGCGGCACAUCUGACACUUCAUUGUCAUCCGGAAGCGACAGCGGAGCACGUUCUCUUGAGUUCUGCGUAUAGAACCUCUGCGUUCACGCUCAACUCUGGCGGCGACGACAGAAACUACCACGUACUUAACGCCCUUUACACUCCCCGUGGUGCGGCCGCCGCUCUUAUCUAAACAAGUGGAGCAGUCGGCCACUGGGCUCGCGCCUCAGCUGAGUCGGUGCGUGCGAGACGGCGGCGCCCGGUGAGAGGUGCUGGCGCCGGUGUGCAAGAACGCUGCCCCAGUUCGGUGGAAAGGUUUUGCAGCGGUGAGGCUGUAGUGUGCGGGCUCGGCGUUGAGUGCAAGUGACUCGGGCUCCCAAGUCGAUGGCAAGUCAGCUUCGGGUUUAUUUAUAGUGGUUUCAGCAAGACUGAAGACUUCAUUGGGUCCAAGCGUUGAACAGAUUCUAGACCCAUUUUACGCCGUGACUGGUGAAGAUGUCAGCGAUCACUUGCUUCGCCUGAAGUCGGAUCUGCGGGUGGCGCUGCGAGAGAAGGAGGACCUUCAAGAAAUACUGGAGAUCCGGAAGUGUGAGCUGGAGGAGAGUCAGGCGGAGGUCGCCGAUCUCAAAUCUACACUGGACCGAGUGAGGUCGGCGCCGGCCGCCACGCCCUCCACAGCCGGCCCCAGGCACAAGGUCGAGCCACCUGCGGAGGUUCACCGCCUGCAGCGGACACUGCAGGGACCUUGUCGACCAGCGGAAUCAGGCCCUAGCCGAACUAGCCAAGGUCAAGGUCCGCCUCAUGGAGGUCAUGGAGGAACAGGUCGAUGAGAAAGAGGAGGUGGCCGAAUCGCCCCGGGAAGCAUUCACUAGCGACUCUGACGUCAUCUCCGAGUGUGACGUCAGCAAGGCGCCGCAGCAGGCCAACGGCCACCUUCCCCAGUCCAUGCAGCGCCGGUCCGCCGUCCAGACACAGCCGACCAAUCAGACGACGUGGCGGCUGCAGAACGAGCUGGAGGAGCGCGCCCAGCUGAUCUCCGACCUGCAGGGCCACCUGGCCAGCUCCAGGAACGAGGUGGCCCUGAAGGACGAGACGCUGGCGCGGCUGGAGGCCAAGCUGGAGGCGGCGAGGCGGGAGCUGGCGGACGUCGGCGAGCGGCUGGCCCAGGCCGACGGCGAGAGAGCCGCCUUCAAGAAGCAGAACGAGAUGCUGCAGGCUGAGGUGGCCGAGCUGGGCAGUCGCGUGGAAGAGACCACCAGUGUAUCGCAGCGACUGGAGAGGGAAGCUGACCAGCAGAUGGAGCAGAUCACCGACCUGCAGGAACGACUGCUGGCAUCGGAGACACACAACAAAGAGCUUACCGCGAAGUGCGUGGAGAAAGAUAUGGAGAUCGGCCGCCAAUGGACCACCAUCAGCUCGCUGCAGCAGGCGCUGCUGGAGUCGAAGCAGCAGGCGGAGGCGCUCCAGCCUGGCCCCUCUUUCCUGAGCAGUCUGCUUGGUGGCGGGGUGAGGCCCAAAGUGGAGAACAUCUGAGCGCCGACCUAGCGCCUCUUACGCUCUCUCCCCUCUCACUCUCUGCCCGCCUCUCUGCGUGCCGCCUGCUUCUGACUAUCACGCCUGUCCCGCGUGCAGCCCAACUAACAACGCUUGCGCGCCUACUCGCGUCCGCAUGACGUCAUAGAUGCAUUGGAGUGACGUCACUAUGGAGCGGCAUGUUGGUGGCGUCUGGCCUGGCUGCUGGGGCGCAGGAAAUCGCCGCUGGCGAUGCGUGAGGCCAUUGGUCGGCUUGACGUCGACGCUGAUGACGUUUAUGCUGGUGACGUCAUUGAUGAAGGGUCUUGAUGUCGUCUUAAAAGAUAUAUGACGUGAGGGCUCAAGCUGCUGGACAUAAUGUUUGAAGCCGUCGUCAGGCGCUGGAUAGCGAUGUAGUACCCUGGUACACGACAGGCUGAACGAUCAGCCGAAAGACCAGCCGAUGUUUAGGUCUCGGACAGAUGCAGCUCUUUUGCAGCGUUGGGCCAGUGCAACGGCGAGAACAAAACGCUUUUAAGUGGCAAAGCAGAUCACUCAUACGUGUCCGCUCGCGCUCGGUGCAAUAUCUGAAGCAUUCUAGAGCACCGGUUGCCCGGUUGACUGCAAUACCCAUGUGGAACGCGUGUGCCAAAGCGUAAGCCAAUGUGUUCUUCGGCUGGACGGAAAUGCCGAUUUAUUUAUGCUAGCCGCAAGUGUGACCUAUGUGGCCGUUUACUAGGUUACAGCAUGCGUUCAUGCCACAAAAUACGUGUCAGUAUACCGUCGGUGCGUACGCGGACUGUUAAAUAAACAACCUUGUGUCGUGA